AUGUCUAGGUUUACCGGUGAUACCUGGUUGCCUGCGAUAAAUGUCAUCUGCUGGUUUCUUCUGGUUAUCGCAAUCCUAGGGAUUCUAACAAGAAUCGCAACGAAGUUCUGGAUAUACCGUAAGCUCACAAAAGAUGACUAUGUGAUUAUACUCUCCACUGUAUUCGAUAUCGCCCAAGUAAUCGCGACUUCGACCGCUACAGCGAACGGAUAUGGCGAACAUAUCGCGACCUUGAGCGAUGACAAGGUAACGGGUAUCAUGAAGAGCCAGUACGCCGCUGGGAUCUUGAGUAUCGUCAGUCUUGCAAGUUCAAAGAUAUCCUAUGUCAUGUUCGUUCGGAGCAUCACUGUGGUUCCUCUGGAUCGCAAAAUUGCGCAGGUUUUCAUUAUCCUCUUGUCGGUAUGGGGACUUGUGUCUGUAAUCACAGUUGCCUUUCAGUGCCAACCACUGCCGACUUGGGAUUAUCUGGCGGGCAAAUGCUAUGAUCGACAAACAUGGCAAAAUUUCUUUGGCAUAUCUAACAUCAUCACCGAGAUUGUCAUCAUAUCACAAACUUUGAUAAUCAUCGCCCGGAUCCAAACGAGGCUGGAAAGGAAGCUGAAAAUUGGUUUCGUAUUCGGUCUACGAGUGUUUGUUGUGGCCGCUGCGAUCGCUCAGAUAGUCGUCAUAAACAAAACCUUCCACGAUCCCGAUGUCACCUACGCAACCUGGUCGGUCUCGGUUACAAACCAGCUCAUUUUGUGUUCGAGCAUCAUAACCGCCUGCUCGGCGCAGUUGAAACCUUUCCUAGACAGCUUGCGAUCCAGCGGUAUGCGCCUCGACGCGCUCACUGGAAGCUAUCACUACAAGUCGCAAAGAUAUUACGGCCAUGGUUCAAAUCACAACCGAUCCGCAACCUACAACUCCAAAGCUGCUGCCUCCAAACAACGCUCGAUCAACCUGCGCAGUCUCACUGGAAGAAGUGCACAUGCAGAAAAUGAGCUAGGAGUAACCAGCGAAGCUUACGUCUCUGCAUCAAGGCCCGCACCAGAUUGGGACCAGGCCAGUGCGACAAGCCAGUCCCAGAUCAUUCGAGAAGUGAGGACAUUUGCAGUCACUGAAGAGCGCCGUCGCUCAUCUGAUGCCGAUGAGGUCUUGUAA